AAAAAAUCCUUUCUAAUGGCUUCAGUAGGUUUAUAUGAAGCAUCAAUAGCUUUCUUCUUUUUUCUCAUUUUCUAUUUCUUGUUUAACAAGAAACAUAGUUACUUACCCUUCAAGAAAACCCUUAAAAGCUACCCUUGGAAUUGGCCGGUUCUAGGUAUGCUUCCCGGUUUGCUGGUGAGGCUCCACCGUAUAUAUGACUACAGCGUCGAUGUUCUCGGGAACUCCAACUUGACUUUCCAGUUCAAGGGUCCAUGGUUCACUGGAAUGGAUAUAUUGGUCACAGUUGAUCCAGCUAAUAUCAACUAUAUACUGAGCUCAAAAUUUUCAAACUACAUCAAAGGUCCUGAGUUCCAAGAAAUAUUUGAAGCUUAUGGAGACGGGAUCAUCAACUCAGACUCAGAGCUAUGGAGGAACCUGAGGAAGUCCUCUCAGGUCAUAUUCAGCCAUCAAAAGUACCAAAACUUCUCAACAAGUACCACGCGACGUAAACUCAGAGACGGACUCCUACCCCUUCUCAGUCAUAUUGCAGAUGAGGAGAUGGUUGUGGACUUGCAAGACGUGUUCCAGAGAUUCAUGUUCGACACAACCUUCAUUUUCAUCACCGGGUCUGAUCCUAGAAGUCUCUCCACUGAAAUGCCUGAGGUUGAGUUUGCUAAAGCUCUCGAUGAUGUCGGAGAAGCGAUUUUGCAUAGGCAUAUUACACCAAGAUUCUUGUGGAAGCUGCAAAAAUGGAUUGGAUUCGGAACAGAGAAGAAGAUGAGGAAAGCUAAUGCCGUUCUUGAUCGUGUUUGUGCAAAAUAUAUAUCAGCCAAGAGAGAAGAGAUAAGAUCACAAGAGAUUGCUCGCAAUGCCGAUGAAGAAAGUGAGGAGGAUCUUUUGACGUCCCACAUAAAGCUAGAUACAAGCAAGUACGAGCUCUUGAAUCCUGAAGAUGAUAAGUUCCUCAGAGACUUCGCAGUAGGUUUCAUGGCAGCUGGGAGAGACUCAACGGCUUGUACACUCACUUGGUUCUUCUGGACUCUGUCUGAAAACCCUAACGUGUUGACCAAGAUCCUCCAAGAAAUCAAAGAAAAUCUACCACUAACUAGGAGUGACCAAGACAAGAACAAGCUGGUGUAUUUGCAUGCAGCAAUAAAUGAAUCAAUGAGGCUAUACCCACCAAUUCCUUUCGAACGCAAGUCACCAAUCAAACCAGAUGUACUUCCAAGCGGGCACAAAGUCAAAUCGAAUAUAAAUAUUAUGAUCUUUCUAUACGCUAUGGGAAGAAUGAAAGCCGUGUGGGGAGAAGACGCGACGGAGUUCAAGCCAGAGAGAUGGAUUUCAGAGACGGGAGGGUUGAGACAUGAGCCUUCUUACAAGUUCAUGUCGUUCAAUGCCGGUCCAAGAACAUGUCUAGGUAAGAAUUUAGCAAUGGAUCUGAUGAAGACAGUGAUCGUGGAAAUAUUACAAAGGUAUGAGAUUAGUGUCGUCCAUGGACAAAAGAUUGAGCCAAAACCUGGUCUUAUUCUUCACAUGAAGCAUGGGCUUAAAGUCACGGUUGCUAAGAAAUAUUCUAUACGUACCUUGGAGUGAAAUGCUCAAGUAGCUAAAAAAAACUCGUAGCUAACGUAUGAUUUCUUUUUUUUUUUUGUAAACCAUUAACGUAUGAUUUCUGAAAUGUUAUUUUCCUUCCUAACGAUUU